CCGCUUGCUCAUUCUCCUCCUCCUCCAUCUCCCAUCUUCAUCUUCAUCCUCUCUCGAACAUAAUCUCAUCCUUGCUCUUCUCUCCCCGUUGAAAAAAAGACAAACCACCGCAAUCAUGUCUGUCCCUGCCUUCUCCGACAUUGCCAAGCCGGCCAACGAUCUCCUCAACAAGGACUUCUACCACCUCUCGGCCACCACCUUCGAGUUCAAGGAUACCGCCCCCAACGGCGUUGCCUUCAAGGUCACCGGCAAGUCCAGCCACGAGAAGGCCACCUCUGCUGCUAUUGAGGGAAAAUACACCGACAAGCCUACCGGUACGACACCGUCAUCUCUUUCAUCGUCGUCUUCUUUGUCACCAUCCCCGUCUCCGUCACCACCGCCCAUAUUCAAGCGCAAGCCCCCGCGCAGAAAAUCAAAUCUUCCCACCCUCAGCCUCUCGCGAAUCCUUGGGCCCGCAACAGGCUGGCCGAUCGGAUUCUCGACGCUGCUCCAACCCGGCUAUGCUCAGCUGCUAAUGUUCUACUCGCACGCAGGCCUGACCCUCACCCAGACCUGGAACACUGCCAACGCCCUCGACACCAAGAUCGAGGUCUCCGACUCCCUCGCCAAGGGCCUCAAGCUCGAGGGUCUCUUUAACUUCCUCCCUGCUACUGCUGCCAAGGGCGCUAAGUUCAACCUUCACUUCAAGCAGCCCGGCUUCCACGGCCGUGCCUUCUUCGACCUCCUCAAGGGCCCCGUUGCUAACGUCGAUGCCGUUGUCGGCCACGAGGGUUUCCUCGCCGGUGCCAGCGCUGGCUACGAUGCCAACAAGGCUGCCCUGACUGCCUACAGCGCCGCCGUCGGCUAUGCUGCUCCCCAGUACAGCGCUGCCAUCACUGCCUCUGACAACCUGAGCGUCUUUGCUGCCUCUUACUACCACAAGGUCAACUCCCAGGUCGAGGCUGGUGCCAAGGCUACCUGGAACUCCAAGACCGGCAACACUGUCGGCCUCGAGGUUGCCAGCAAGUACCGCAUCGACCCCGUCUCCUUCGCCAAGGUCAAGAUCAACGACCGGGGUAUUGCUGCCCUUGCCUACAACGUCCUCCUCCGCGAGGGUGUCACCCUGGGUCUCGGUGGCUCCUUCGACACCCAGAAGCUCGACCAGGCUACCCACAAGCUCGGUGCCAGCUUCACCUUCGAGGGUUAAAAUACUCCCCCUGCUCGCUGAACUCUACUAGCACCGCCCACUCGCUAGAUCCAUCUUCUCGAGAGUUGUCCCACUCUCCACAGCUAUUGUAUCUUACAGGCUUGCAUUGCGGUGGUCUCAUGGAUGUAGAUUAUCUCAAAAUAAAAAAACAUGAAGAAUAAUGUCUUUUUUUUCAAUUC